AUGGUCCUCUACCAAAUGACCCUCUUCUUUUCCGUUCAAAUGCUUUUUGCCAUUUUUCUGGAGUACAUGCCGAAAACUUACUGUACUGAUGAUGACUAUUGCUACAAAAUGAAAAACAAGUGCCUAACGGACUUCAUUCGCGAGGAUGAUAGCCAAAUUUGUCCGUAUAAUUCUACAGAUUUUGUAUGUGUUUUUUUCAAUCUUUUUUUGAAUUUUUCAAAAUUGUGCAGUAGAGCAAAUUUUCUAUUCCAGAAACAAUGUGUUCUGGAUGCCAAAAGAGUGGAUUUUCGAUCAGCUCAAUUUGACUAUCAACAGGAUUGUACUGGUUUAAAGCACUUCUCCUCUUCCACUGCCACUUUCAUCGGAACCCUUCUUGGAAACCUCGUCCUUAUAUACCUCUCUGAUACCAUUGGCCGUCGUCCUGUGUUCAUUUUCUCUAUCGCACUUGGAGUUCCUGCUCUUAUCCUAUCAGCUGCUAUCAAUGGGGUCAUGAACUUUUAUAUUUUCCGUUUUAUUGUUGGAUUCGCCGUUGCUGGAACGUUGACUGUCGGAUGGACGUACUCAUCGGAAAUGAUUACGCCAAGUCGCAGAUUUAGAUUGAGGACAUUCCCGAAUUGGGCGAGUUCUUUUACUUGA